AUGGAAUUAUCUGAAAAUGAACAACUAUGUAAACUAGACGAAGUGGAAAGGGGGUCAUUGAACGACAGACACAAACAUCGACUGUGCAGAAAUAGUCAAAGAAGAAAAUCAGGAAGGAGAAAAACUGAACGCGUCGUCUUCAAAACAGGACAAUUCAACUUGGAAAAAUGGAAGAACUCGAAAUAUCGUGUGUUUCCAGACAUCGUGCAAGCACUCAUCGACGUUCAGUGGCGAUGGACGAUUGUGUACAGCAUCCUCACAUACAUCAUCAUUUGGCUGGCCUUCACAGGAAUCUGGUGGAUUAUCCUAGAGAUGCAUGGUGACUUCGAACCAGACCACUUGCCACAUGUUGCGAAUUCCACCUGGGAGCCUUGUGUCCGAGAAAUCUAUAGUUUCACGUCCCUCUUUCUCUUCAGUAUUGAAAUCCACACCACAAUAGGCUAUGGUGGCAGGUCAAUCACAUUGGAAUGUCCUUCCGCAAUGUUUACAAUGUGCAUCGAGAGCAUACUCGGUACUAUCACUCAAUCUUUCAUCGUUGGCAUAGUAUUCGCCAAAUUGACAAGGCCGAAAAAUCGAGCACAGACGCUGUUAUUCUCGAAGAACGCCAUCAUCAACCAAAGAGAUCGCAAUCUACGUUUGAUAUUCAGGGUCGGGAAUACCAGGAAGUCUAGGAUCAUAGCUGGCACCGUCCAAGCUUAUUUAAUCAGGCAUAGUUCUGUGGAUGUGUUGGAGAACCAAAUAAAAUUGUGUCUGUCCAUGGAUUCCAGUGAGAAUAUUUCAUUCAUGUUUCCUGUCUGUGCUGUACACACGAUAGAUGAGGAGAGUCCGUUUUAUUCAAUGUCUGCUUCUGAUAUAAUAAAAGCAAACAUGGAAAUCCUCGUAGUAUUUGAAGGCACCAUAGAAUCGACUGGCCAGCCCGUCCAAGUGAAGUCGAGCUACACCACACAAGAAAUUCUAUGGGGACAUCGCUUCAUUGAAAUGGUCGAGUACAGGAAAGAAAAGCACGGUUUUCUGAUCGAUUAUGCAAAGUUCAAUGAAACCUAUCCUGUCAGUACCCCACUGUGUUCAGCGAAACAACUUAAUAAUUUUUAUGAACAUAAUUUAAGAAAAUUAAAAGAUAGUAUUCGUUGA